AUGUCAAAGCACAGGAAGAAGUUUAUUGCCCUUGUAGAUAAAGCAAUGGCUGAAGGUGAAAAGAUGGCACCAGAAGAACUGAUGUUUACUUAUAAGGGGACUUUAUAUCCAGCUACUGUUUGCAGCCCAGAAAUCUUCAAAGCCCUUGAACAGUUUGAAGCAAGAAGCAAUGAUGUGAUUCUAGCCGGAUACCCUAAAUCUGGUACAAACUGGGCUGGUCAGAUCCUAACUGAUUUGGUUGAUGCAUCUAAAAAAAAUAAAGAAGACACAAAUAGCACAGAUGAUGAAAUGGAAGAAUUUCCAUAUCUUGAAGUUGGAGAUCCUGAGAAAUAUCAGAGGAUGGCAAAUUUACCUUCCAGAAGAGUUAUGUUUACCCACCUUGUUCCUUGUAAUCUACCCGCAUCAAUCUUCAAGAACAAGGCCAAGAUACUGCUGCUCAUUCGAAAUCCAAAAGAUGUAGCUACAUCUUUUUACCACUUUUCCAACGGAUUGGCUCCACUUCCCUCUUACACCUCCUGGGAUGACUACUUCAAAGCUUUUAUGACUGGACAAAUGCCCUGGGGCUCUUAUUUUGACUAUGUCUUUGAAUGGAACAAGCAUGCUGAUGAUGAAAAUAUCAUGACAAUCACUUAUGAGGAACUGAAGGAGAAUAGACCUUUGGGGGUGAAACGGAUAAGUGAAUUCUUUGAGUUGAACCUAACUGAGCAAGAGAUUCAAGAAGUCGUAGACAAAAGCAGUUUCCAAGCUAUGAAAGAAAAUUCUCAAAAAACCCAUGGCGAAUUUGGCAAAGUCCUUUUCCGCAAAGGUGGAGUUAGUGACUGGAAGAACCUUUUCACUGAAGAUCACAACCGGGAAAUGGACACAACAUUUGAAGAACGUCUAGGGGGAACUAAAUUAGGAGAAAAAAUAAAGUAUGGAGUGUAUUGCAAGGCCUGA